AUGGAAUCUUCAAUAUAAACAACAAGUAGAAGUAGGAAAGCCUUAAAUAAAACUCUUACUAAAAAUUAUGCUGCUUAAAGUACAAAUAUGAUAUGAUGAUUUAGUUAUUGAUCUACUUUAAUGUCAAAAUUAACAAUGUCAUUUUAGUUCUAUUAAAAAAAAUGAUUCACCAAUCAAUAGAAUGAGAAUUCUAAGAAGUUUAAGAAUACGAACUUAAGAAGAUGAAUAAAUAAGAAUUAGUAAAAGUUUUGAUCUAAAAAUUAUAAAGUAUUAAAGGAAAUAAUAAAGACGCAAGAGUGGGAUUGAACAAUUAUCAGAGAAAUAAGUAUUCAAAUUGAUUGAUUUUGUUAUUAGAUGCAUUUAAAUUGUUUAUAUCCAAAGACAACUGUUCAGUAAUAACAAAUAUUAUUGAAUGAGAUUUAGAAAACUAAGGAAAGAAAGAAGACACUUUUUAAACGAAUGUCAAGUAUCUUAAUAAAACAUUAAACAACACUUCGUAAUAUUGGAAAUUAGAAUAACAUUAAUAAUUAAAGAAAUAGUGAGAUUUAAUUGUUAAUGCUUCAAUAAUCUCAAUAGCCAGUUGAUGAACCUGUUUUUUUAUAAUCUUAAGAAGUAAAAAAAUCAAAGAUUCGAUAAUCAGUAAUUGAAUCUGCUCAACCAAAAGUUGUUUUAAAUGUAUCUCGAAAAUCUAAAAAAGCUUUUGCUUCAAUUCAAAGUUAUGUAUAAGAAAAGACAGAGAGAACAUAACAAUCAAAUAAUAAUCCUUUUUAAAGUUAUAUGUCUUAUUAAAGUCUUACUGAGAUGAAUGGCUAGUUAUAGAGUACUUCACCUCAAACUUAAAGAAAAUAAAUCUCUUUAAAAUUAGCUUGUCCUCUUCCAGAACUUAAAUUAGUAUCAUCUGCUAGGAAUUAUAGUAAUGCAAAUGAUAUCAAUUUUUUAAAAUAGAAGUUUAAGAAUAAUAUAUAUUAUGGUAAUUCAUAAAGAAAAAAGAGAAUAGAGACGAAAAUAUGA